AUGGCCGACGGCAGCAAGGGCGGUGAAUCUCACAGAAUCUAUUGGCAACAAUGGCCGUCUUCGAAAUCUCUUGCGACGACAACGCUGAGUCGACGAGACUUGAUUACGAGUUCUGCGGCCAUUCGGAUCUCGUCCAACGGAGCUCGUGCCAAGGAUGUGACCAAGCUACUCUGUGAGACGCUCAAUCUAAAAACGCCAGAGGCGGAAAGCGAUGACAACGACAACAACCAAAAGAACGAUGCGUCUACAACACCCAGUUGGGAUGUAGUCCAGGAGGCAUGGGAGCAAGACUGUCUUGUAUUGGUGGGGACACUGUAUUAUUUGCCCUUGCAGUAUGUCCGCUUUGAACACGAACGAUUGGACAAUGCCAAUAAGAGCCAGUUUGGCAAUUCCGAUGAAGUCUCGGUUCGUUCCGUGGCUACUGACAACAACAACAAUACUAAUAGUCGCGACAAGAGAAGACCCGCAGUGGCCGCCUUUACGCGCAGUGAUCCUCCCUUUCAUGUCAUCAAAACUCUUUCACCGAGCGACAAUCCCACCGAACAACGGAAUCGAAUGAUGGACCAGUUGAAGCGAGUAUUGGAAGACAGUGCCGCGGCAUUUGCAUCCACCAAUGGAGCCAGGAGAGCAACCUCUGUUUCUCCCAAACUCCAAUGGUACUUUGUCCCAGGAACCAAUCAUCCAUCGAGUCCCAUUCCAAGCUAUAUUGAUCUAGAUGGAUAUUCCACGUCUCUGGAAGACGAUGAGGAAGAAGAUGACGAUGAGAGCGAUUUGGAUGAUUCAUCAUCUGACGCCAAUAAUAGUAGCAAUCACAGCCAACAACAACAGCAUUCAAAGCAAGAUGCUUUGAGCACUGUCAUGAGCAAUAAGAGCAAUCUACCCGAACCAGAGACCUCCUCCGACACUCUGCCAAUCGAAAGUCCAACAACAACCACAGCUCAAGACGCAUCCGAAAAAACCAUGUCCGAAAAAGAUCGAAUAUUCAAAAAAGAAAGACAACGGUACUUUGAACUCACCAUGUGCCAAUCGUCACUCCAACAUGAUUGCGUCUCGGGAUACCUCCUCAAACAGUCCAUUGCCGAUCCCCAUGUAUGGAAACGAGUACACUGCGUUUUGACGGACGAACAUUUGUGGUACAUUUCCAGAAUACACACCCGAUUAGACAAUACUACUACAUGUACUUCCUUGAGUGGCAGCAAUAAUGAAGAAGAAGAAGAGAAAAAACAGCAAUCACCGCAACCCGAAUUUUACAGCUACGCAAAGCACAAACGCAUCGGAUUGACACGGGCACUCCUGGUACAACCGUCCAAGGAAAAACCCAAAUCACCACUGGCUCGCACGCCUUUUUGCUUUGAAAUUGUGGAUGCCACGGGUGUGCCUCAUCGGUUUCGUGCGUCCAGUCUCGACAAUUACAAACGAUGGGUCGCGUCGCUGUCGGCUCGAAUUGUACAAUCGUACGAAAACAGCUUAUUGGAGCAUGCCGAGCUCAUUGUGGGAGACGAAACCACGGCACGGAGCAAGCGGAUGAUGAACGUAGCUGUAGAGCCUCUAUGGGAACAGCAGCAGCAAUAUACAAUGUUGUCCACCACUACUAGUGCUCGCCAAUCGCAACAACAUCCACACGAUAAUCCACGACAUUUGCCAAUGGAUGAUCCGACAUUGCAAAUACUACGGUUCGGAAUCGAGAUCACGGAAUAUAGAGAACAAUGUCGCCACAUCUCUGCCAUUCUGCCAGCCAAGUAUCCCGUCUUGGCCAUGACGGAGAAUGCGACUCCGGAGCUCAAACGAAAUAGCAGUGGUGGUUCGUCUAUAUCCAACUCUUCCAACAAGAACGGUGCCUUUCGCCUGGAUUCCAAAACACAGGCAUUGAUCAAGGGGGCAUGGGAUGAAGCCGUCCGACUGGGGAGCUAUGCUACCAAGUUGGCCGUCGCCCUGCAAAGUGGAGGCACCAGCAAAAUGCCGCGCUGUCUGGAAACCAUUUGCCAGCAUUUGGAGUAUGUUAUUACGGGCAACCUCCGAGGAGGGCCCAAAUCAUCAUCGUCGUCAUCCUCCUCCAAGCAAGGGAAACCUGACAACACACGUCAAUAUCCUCCUCCCAUUGACCUUUUUGAUCAGUUGUUGGCCGAGUUGCAGUCGGUGGCAAGUGCCAAGAGUCAGGCAUCACAGCAGCAACAGCAACAAUCCGUGCGUCCAAGACAAGCACAGUCCAACGGCGCCAAUCAUGGAUUCCGGCAUUUUAUGAAUGGAGAGUGUCAUCAUACUGAUGCUGCCGCUACAAUAAAGAAGUAAUAAUGGGAACCAUUUUGAUGCUGCUUUUCUUACUCAACUCGUGAUUGUGGUACCGUACUGUCGUACUGCACAUAAUGGGCCUGCUGUAAGGGCACAAUGAUGGAAACAUCUAUACAUGUACAUUCACGAAUUGAAUGGUUGCUAACAUA